CCGGGUGACGUAAGAACUCGGCCUGGAAAGGCAGGCUAGCGACUGAUCUCGUCAUGGCGUUAGAGGAGGAGUCGCCGCGGGUAAAUCGUAUUCGACUAGGUCAUUAGCUAGCUGUCUACAUGGCUAAUGUUUAGUUAAAAUAAGGAUUCCUAAUUGGCCCGUGAGACUUACAGCGGUUUCCCCCCCACGAUCUGCGAUUAAUCGCAUCCGUAUGGUCUGGAGUCUCUGUCCGGCUGCCCGUUGCCCACUCGAUGAACGCAGUCUGACUAGCUAGCUAGCGGCUAGGCUAGCCGGCUAGGCUUUCAGGAGUAAGCCGGUUCGGAUUUGGACUUCGGCGCCGCUGGAUGUUUUUCAGUCAAGCCGAAGGGGUCUUUUCGUGUCGCUUUCGGCGAAGAGGAUGGGGGACUUCUACGACCCGGAACACCCGACGGAAAAUGUUGGAGAUUCCCUAUCAAACUUCCUUCCAAGCUGGAGAGUAGCAGUCUGGAUUUCUGUAAUCGUCAAGCUGAUUUUUAAACCAAUGGUGUGACAUCACCUUGGAGAGCACACUGCUCUGAGCUGGUUUGUUCCGGGCCAGCAGCUCCAGCGGGCUGCUCAAGCCAGACCCAUCCCUAAAUGGAUAUGGUUGUGGAGGCGGAGAUCAGGGAAGAAGGAGGAGAUGCCAAGGUAGAAGAGAGGAUUUCAAAGUCAACGGCUGUCCUCAAAGGCCUCCCUCCACCAAAGAGCGUGGGGUCUAACCGACUACUGCCCAAGGGCACAAAGUCAAAAGUGAAUUUGGAGGAGCAGGGUCGGCAGAAAGUGUCAUUCAGCUUCAGCCAAACUAAGAAGCCUCUUCAAAACCUCUUCUUGGCCCCUCUCAGCCCAGAAAAUCCACCAUGUGAUCCUCAGUUCUCUCUCCUCUCCGCUGUUCAUUCUCCUCCACAGCAAAGAACAGAGCCAACAGCAGAAAACAGAAAUGAACUUAUAGAGCUGCCAGUGGCAGUUUCUGUAGCUGAGCCCACAUCGUCACUCACCUCACCUUCCAAAUCUAAAUUGGACUUGGGGAAAAUGCACUUCAAAAAACAGCUUCUCAGUGUGUCUACAGGUUUUGAGCAGCAAAUGGAGAAGGAGUCUACACCUAGCAUUAUGCUUGAAACGCUUUCUUCUUUGGGUGAAGCUGAACUCAGAACUACAGUUAGAUUAGAGACCCAAGCAACUCCCCAUGCCCAACACAUAGUCAAUGAAAGCACCACUGAGGAACUCAAAGGUUUCAGUGAUACUUCCCAUAUUGGGAGAGAGGACAGGGAGAAGGCCAGUGGUACAGAGCAUACUGAUGUUUUGGAGAAUCGAAAGAGUCAGUCUCAGUCAGACAGCACACUUCCAGGAUCUGAGUCUGAUGGUGACUCCGUACGGACGUCUUCCAGCUACAGAUCGGGUGAACCCAGAGUCACUGCUAAAGUAGACGGUCAGAACAAAGAUGCAAAACGGAAUUCUGCUUGUUACAAAAUGGAAGAAUUGGAAAGAUCUAAUGUGAGGUCUGAUGAAAGGGUGAAGGAUGAAAGAUCCUCUACACAUUCAAAGUCAGAUCGUGAAAUGAGACACACAUCCUCUCGAUCAUCUCGUUCUGACAAAGACAGGAGGAGGACUAAAAGCCGGUCACGGUCUAGAUCUAGAGGUUCUCGGACAAGUUCAUCUUACUCCAGAUCUGACAGGUCAUCAAGAACUGAGAGGUCAUCACGGUCAGAUAGGUCCCGUUAUCAUGAUUCUGAGCGAAGGUCGCACCGGAGUCCUCACCGGAGUCCUCACAGGAGCCCUCACAGAGAGAGGAGGACAUCUCGGUCACGAACAGAUCGUAGAUCCCGUGAUAGUUCUGAUUCUGAAGAUGAUUAUUGGAGGACACGUACUCGGACCAACCGAUCAUCAAACCAUUCUAGCUCUCACAGAGACUCUAAAACUGUUUACACAAAAUCUGAGAGGGACUCCAAAUCCACAGAAGUAUCUCGGUCAUCUGAGUCUGAGAAAAAAACACAGGUAUACCCUGAAAGGUGCUCUAGAAAAACAGACUGUGAAUCUGUCAAGAGAAGCUCCCCAGAAUUGGAACCAGAUCGCUGGAAACCCAACACCCUCAACAAAAUAGAGACAACUCCCAAAUCAACUCAUUGUAAAUCUGUAGUCUCUUCACAAUCCUCUGAUAAAAGAACUGUGAGAAAUUCUAGCUCUGACUCAGAAGGAGACCAGAAAAGGAAGUCUCCAGUACAGGUACUAAGUAAGCUCUCCUUUUCCUCAGGUUUGGGUGAGUCACAGGCAACAUUGACUGAAAAAGCAGGUAAUUUGUCAUCUUCCAAGCUUAUAGUCACACCUGGCACCCGUUGCCAUGUAACACAUGGUUUUAUUAGAGACAUUGCCUUGUCCUCAAUGGACUGUGUCCAAAAUAAGAACAUUGACCUUAGUAAAAAUGCUAUUUCCCAAGGCUUCCCUAAGGAAAUUAAUCACCUAACUGUGCCUGAACAUAGCUCCACUGAUGGUUCAGUAGGUCAGGUCUGUGAUCAAACAAACUCUCCUAGCAUAGUCAUGUGUGGUAGGGAGACCCUAGCAUCAGGAUAUGCCCUGUGCUCUGAGUCUAAACCUGAAAAACUGGACUCAUCUCCCUCACGUAAUUUCCCAUCACUCCAUGUGGAAUUGGCACCACAGUGCCAGCUCAGUCAAAGUUUGGGUCAAACUGAUACAUAUACCAGCUGUUCUGAAACUGGCAGCUCCUCUGAAACAUUCAGAUGUGAGCAAAUCAAGGAUGGGGGCUGCCCAGUCAGUCACACUGAUUCUGAUAGUUCAGGUAUGGUGAGAGAAAGCAAGGAUGACCCUCAAAGUGAGGCCCAUAAUACAUCAAGUUCAUUAGUACUUAGUUGCAAACCUUGUCCAAAAGAUAAUUACUUAUCUGGGACUUCGGAGGAAUCUCUUAAUUUAGUGUCAUCCAAAGGGUCGUGUACUUCAAGUGGGGUAAAAUUUCUUGCAGAAUCUGAGAUUGUUUCAGGUUCAAACACUAACUCUCAACUGAAUGAUGAGGUUCCAAAUGGCAUUUCCCCAAACAAGCAAGGUAAUGGAGCUGUAUGUGAAGGUGAGCAUUGUGCACAGCCUCUCCACCAGAUAUCAGAAUCUUCAGAAAAGACCUCCACUGCUGAUAUUCCAAGUAGUGGCAUGUGUGUGGUACCUAGUAGUACCCCCCCUCAAAGAGGGCAGAGUCCAAACUUGUAUAAAGAUUUCAUUCCGGUAAAAGAACUGCCAUUUGGAGAUAAUUUGCAGCAAAACACUAAAUCAGGGGAUGUUUCUAACCCAAGUGAGGUCAGCACACAGUCUUCUGUUGAUCCACCUAAAAUUGAGUCUGUCAUAAAAGUUAAUGAACAUUCAGCUGCUGAUAUGAAAUAUGGGCAACAAGGUUCUGAAGUGUUGAAAAAUAAAAGUAACAUGAAGAAAUCUCGGUGGGAUAUUGUUGGACAGGAAGUCAGUGCUAAUGAAACAUCUCAAAAAAUACCCGUUUAUGAGUCUAAAUCAUUGGUUAAAAAAAUUAUUUCUGUUAGGAAAAUAGAGUUCUCAAAAGAAUCAAUGGAAGAUGGUUUAAAGAAAGAAUCCAAGAAUGAUGAGCUAGUCAGAAUCGAUGUAAGCAAAGACACGUUGCCUACAGAACAUCAGUUUAUAAAGAAUGAAGGAAUUAUAAGCAAUGAAGACGGAUCACUCACAAAAUCUUGUGAAAAAAUUAAGCUCACUGAACAGAUGCAGCCAUUAAAAACAUUUGCACAAUCUCAAGCAUGUGACACCAGCAACACAAAAAUGGACAUCAAAUCUCAUGGUGAUAUGAGCAACAAAGAGCUGCUGAAAACAAGAUUUGUGUCUGGCUCAGGAGAUGACGCUAGGGUGAAGGAUUCACUUGGGGAUAGCAUUAGAGAUUACCAGCAGGAUAGUUAUUUACGGAAUAAGCCUGAAAGGAACAGUGUAUGCCUUGGCCAGGAUCUUGGCGGCCACACUGAUGACAGUGACUCUGAUGAUUCUGACUGUGACUCGGAUGACAGCAGUAUCCCUAAAAACAGGUUACACUCUGUGGUGGUUGUGCCAAAAAAUUCCACACUCACUCAUCCUCAUGAUUCAAGGGCCAUGUUAGCAUCAUCUUCCAGUCCUAGUAACAGCCCCCGACAGUUGUCUGCGGAUUCGCAGGAGCAUUGUUGGAGGGGAACCAGAAGUCAAGAAGCUGAUCGUGGAGAGGAUACUUGUAGGGAAGUCCCUGGCACACUCAGCCCUACUGGGAGGCAUAGGGGUUACCCCGACUGGCUGCCCGAGAGCAGCAAGCGCUGCCUUGAUGUCUUUUGCACUGACAAGUCCCUCUUCACAACCCCUCCAAGCAUGUCCUAUCAAUCGCAAAGCAAUAUGGUUGAUAGCACUAGUCAUGUUGAAACUUCCCGCACCCUUGAGGUCCAGCAGUCCAAAGACCUAAAAUCUAAUGCUUAUGAAACCCCUAAGAUCCCAGCAACACACAACUCAAUGGGUCCCUUCUACAGUCAAGAGAACUCUUGGAGGAUAUCUGACCCAGCACACUCCCGGCUGUAUGACAGGCCUGAUAGUUGGCAUGAUCGGAAGAGGUACGUCCGGCAUCAGCAAGAGGGAGAUUUUUCUGGUUCCGGCAACUUCGGCAAGAAGGAUACUUACAGUAUGAGCUGGGAUUUCUCACAGUGUGAGCAACCCAGCAGUACAUUUCAGCAGCCAGAUAGCAGUUAUGGGAUCCAAGCACCGAAUCCACCUAUUGUUGGAAAUCCAGCUUUGGGACCGGUUGUCCAGCAAGGUGGUUGCUGGAGUCAGCCCACCACUUCACAGAGUUGCAGACCUGUCUACCUCCCUGUGCCUUCACAAUAUCAUGAGACUUUAGAUGAAGUGCACCCUGACUCUCUGACUAAUGACUGUGAAGAAGAAAGUCCCAGAAGCCGCAUAACCAUAGGCUCUGGUAGUCAUCUGCCACCUGCUUCCACCUCUUUCGUUCAAGCCCAUGAAAUCAGCAGCAAUUGUAGAGGUCUUAUGGGUGGCAUCCUAGACACACCCAGAGAGGAGAGCCAGAAACCACAUCGGGGUAGGGGGCCUCCCAAGAAAAGGCGGCCGGAGUUUGAGUCCGACUCCGAGAAUGAGGCAGAGCCGGGGAACUGCAGCAAGAGGGAACGUCUGAAAGAGGCAGCUGUCAUCAGGACAUCAAAAGACCCUGCAGAGACACCAAACCAAACCACGGAGGUGGAACGGCCUCUCCUCAGUUUGAAGGACUUCUUGGACCCUGUUGCCUGGAAGGAGAUGGCUAAGCUGAAAAAUAUGCCUCCAUACUUUGAUCUCAUUGAGGAGAAUGUAUAUCUGACAGAGCGCAAGAAGAACAAGUCUCACCGGGACAUAAAGCGCAUGCAAUGCGAGUGCGCUGUGCUGUCGAGAGAGGAGCGUGGACGCGGGGCCACUGCCUGCGGUGACGACUGCCUCAAUCGCCUGCUGAUGAUUGAGUGCUCAUCACGCUGCCUGAAUGGGCCAUAUUGCUCUAACCGUCGCUUCCAGUUGAAGCAGCACACAGACUUUGAGGUCAUUCUGACCGAGAGUAAGGGCUGGGGGCUUCGGGCCGCCAAGGAUCUUGCACCGAACACCUUUGUUCUGGAGUACUGUGGAGAAGUACUGGACCACAAGGAGUUCAAGGCUCGUGUGAAGGAGUAUGCUCGCAGCAAGAAUAUCCACUACUACUUCAUGGCUCUGAAGAACAACGAGAUCAUCGAUGCCACGCUGAAGGGGAACUGCUCCCGCUUCAUGAACCACAGCUGUGAGCCCAACUGCGAGACUCAGAAGUGGACCGUCAACGGGCAGCUCCGGGUUGGCUUCUUCACCACCAAGGCCGUGCCAUCCGGCACAGAGCUCACCUUUGACUACCAGUUCCAGAGAUACGGGAAAGAGGCCCAGAAAUGCCUCUGUGGGGCACCCAGCUGCCGGGGCUUCCUGGGUGGAGAGAACAGGGUGAGCAUCCGGGCGGCAGGGGGCAAGAUGAAGAAGGAGCGGACAAGGAAGAAGGACACUGUGAGCGCGCUCACUACGGUGGAUGAGGAGCUGGAAGCAUUACUGGAGAACGGAGAGGGCCUCACAGACGAGAAAGAGGUGCUUUCUCUCUGUAGGCUGAUGGUGCGAGUAGAGACCAUGGAGCAGAAGCUCACGUGCCUGAAGCUCAUCCAGAACACGCAGAAUCCCGGAUGCCUGAAGCAGUUCCUCGACCACCAUGGCCUCUCGCUGCUCUGGAUCUUCAUGGUGGAGCUCUCAGAAGGGAAGGGCAACUCUGGCAACAACAUCAAGCUGCAGCUGGAGAUCAUGAAGAGCCUGGAGGUUCUGCCCAUCUCCACCAAGAACAUGCUAGAGGAGAGCCGGGUUCUACACUUCAUUCAGCGCUGGGCCCAAAGCCAGGCCCUACCCCAGGCCCCCGAGCUGGAUGGCUACUCGAGUGAAAACACAUCCCGUGCCCAGACCCCACUUAACACCCCCGAUGGGCCCCCAGCCAAGCAGGGCCCCGAGCUGGACAGUGACACGCCCAAAAGGGCCGUGUACCGCCGCCUCAAGAUCAUCAGCGAGAACAGCCUGGACAGCGCGCUGUCGGAUGCCAGCAAGGCCUCAGACGGUAAGGAGGAUGACGAAGAGGAAGAGGAAGAAGAGGAGGAUGACUCCCUGCCCACGGAGAUUGCUGUGAGCGACCAGGCCGGGACAGAGGCAGUUGGGGAACCCCAGGCCGAGGAAGAAGAGCCAGGAGCUAGUAAGCAGGAAGUGUCCGAAGAUUCGGGGGGCUCCGAGGUCGAGGUCAAAGCCAAAGUUGUGGAAGCCAGUCAGCCAGAGGAGGAGAGGACAGAGGGGCCCAGUCUCAGCGAGGAGGGGAGUGACCAGGAUGGAGACACAGAGGGGGCCACGCUGGUGACCGCCGAAGUGGAGGCCAGCAGUGAGAAUGAGACACUCACUGUGGAGGAGCCUCCCAGACUGGAGGGUGCUCAAGUAGCUGCUGAAGAAGAGGCCUCCAGCGUGAUGGAGGUAGUGGUGAGCGAGCCCGUGGAGGAGGCCCCACCCAUUACAGCAGCGGAGGCCGAGGCCACGGAAUCAGCCGAUGCCACGGCGACGGAACCUCCUGGGUCAUCAGCCGUCGACGUUGCCGAGCCCACCGCAUCCAGCGUUCCCGUGGCCGCGGGGCCUGUUGCAGCAGAGUCUGUCGCUGUGGAGACCCCAUCGCAGGAUGAGGAGGAGGCGGUGUCAGACGUGGAGAGCGAAAGGAGCCAGGAGCCUCCGGUCCGCGCCGCCGACGUCAGCGACAUGGCCACGCGGCUGCUGGACAGUUGGAAGGAGCUGAAGGAGGUAUACCGAAUUCCCAAGAAGAGCCAGGUGGAAAAGGAGCCCAAGGAGCGCAGUUGGGAGCGAGACGGCCCUCAGGCGACCCGCACCUCGUCCGGUAGCCGUGACCGCGACAGGGAGCGCGACCUGGAGAGGACGCCACGCAGCACCGAGCGCCGUCGCCGCCGACCCUCCCUGUCGCCGCCCCCGUCCGCUUACGAGAGGAGCAGCCGGCGCGCUGGCGAUGACCGGUACAGCAAUCUCAACGGCAGCAAGAAGGGGAGGACCAAGGAGCGCAACAAGCUUUCCACGGAGGAGCGGAGGAAGCUCUUUGAGCAGGAGGUGGCUCAGAAGGAGGCCCAGAAGCAGCAGCUGCUGCAGACCAUGGCCUACGAGACCCUGGGCUAUUCCCCCAGCCCGCACGGCUACAUGGGCUACCCUCCGGGCUACCCCAUGCAGACCUACGUGGAUCCCACCAAUCCCAACGCGGGCAAGGUGCUCCUGCCCACCCCCGCAGUGGAGCCUCUGUGUGCCAGUGCUGGCACUGUGCCAUAUGAGCAGACACCCCCCCAGCCGCUGAUCUCCGAGCUGGCUCUGACUUCGCCGGCCCCCCCACAGGCCCCCCAGGCCCCGGCCGUGGCCGGCGUCCAGCACGUGGCGGCACCUCCGACGCUGGAGCUCCCCCCCGGGGGGCCACAGUACGUACAACCCCGGCCAGCCGGCCAGGACCCUGCGGCGGUCGCUGUCCUGCCCGUGGCGGCGCCGUCGGCCGCAGCUGGAGCGCAGGUGCAGAGCCAGCAGGGUUACACCCCCCUGUGGAACACGGCCAGCGUGCCGCAGCCGCUCCCCGUGCAGGCGCAGCCGCCCCAGCAGUACCCAGCCAGUGCGCAGCCGCAGACUGCCGUCUACUACCAGGGCCAGGCUGUGUACAGUAUCCCCACGGCCUACCCCCAGGCUGGCACGCCAGUUAUCCAGCAGGCCUAUGCUGAGCCUGCCACAGGCUACCUUCAGGGCCAGCCAGUCUACAGCAGCCAUCAGCAGGGAGUGGUGCUGCAGCAGGCCGGCACCGUCACCACCAUCGUCACCGCGCCGGCUGUUCAGCAGGAGCUCAUGGCCCCCAACAGCCUGAUGGACCUGCCCCCACCUUCGCCACCCAAACCCAAAACAAUUGUGCUUCCUCCGAGCUGGAAGGUGGCGAGAGACUCUGAGGGCAAGAUUUACUACUACCAUGUCAUCACGAGGCAGACACAGUGGGACCCUCCUUGUUGGGAAGCGGGCAGCGAGGACACCAGUGUGGGGCACGAGGCCGAGAUGGACCUGGGGACUCCGACAUAUGACGAAAACCCCUCCAAGUUCUCCACCAAGACCGCAGAGGCUGAUACCUCCAGCGAGCUGGCAAAGAAGAGCAAGGAGGUUUUCCGCAAAGAGAUGUCUCAGUUUAUCGUGCAGUGCCUAAACCCGUACCGGAAGCCGGACUGCAAGCUGGGCCGCAUCAGUAACACAGACGACUUUAAACACUUGGCCAGAAAGCUGACUCACGGUGUGAUGAACAAGGAGCUGAAGUCCUGCAAGAACCCCGAGGACUUGGAGUGCAACGAGAACGUCAAGCACAAGACCAAGGAGUACAUUAAGAAAUACAUGCAGAAGUUUGGGCCGCUCUACAAACCCAAGGAGGACACAGAGGUGGACUAGCUGCCAGGGUGGCUGCAGAGCGCCCCCUGCUGCAUGGUGCCCAAACCGAAAUGCAGCCUGGCCUUUAACCAUGGACAUGCCAGUCCCACAUCUGCCAAGGGCGGGCUGUGGCCACCUUGAGCAGCCUGCGGUGUGACUUUGAGGAGUAAAGACUGUUCUGUGCACAUUCUAGUCAUUUUUACUUGACGGUAACCAUGUCCUAACUGCUGCUUUUUAAGCUCUGUGGAGGUUUUGUAGAGACAGGUUGUCAUGGUGAUGGUCUGAGGGAGGAUAGGCAGGCCCUUCUGAAGACACCGCUCCUCUCAAUCCAUGUAUACAUGCUUCUCCAUCCUGUAUGUUGUGUGGAGACAUCCCAAGCAGGACCUCAGGAACACGGGCUUGGCCACGCUGUCUUGGAUCUUCUCAAAAGACAUGCGAGGUUGGUCAAUGGUGGUUUACCUGUUUCAAAGACUGCUUGUGAUGGCCGCUGCCUUCAAGAGGAAACUGUAGAAAGAAAGAAUUCAGCCACAUGGUCUGUGAAGCCACGUCAUAAGUGCUCACGCCUGCCGUCCGCACGCACAGUUUCUCGUGUGGAGUGAAUGCCAGUUUGAGCCAGAGGCAGCGGUGGUGUUUCCUGGUUGGUCCACAUGCUUUUAGUUCCCUCCCCAUCAUUGGCGACUCCAGGUUGAAGAAUUGUAUCAACGUCUGCAUCACUGUGUUAUCCACACAGUAGAUUUGAUCACGGCUCCAUAAUACACGCAUUCAGUGUCCUUUCUUUGUUUCUCAUUAUUAUUUUAAAAUAAAAUCCAAUCACGUAAAGAGGA